AUGAAACUAGUAGUCAUUGCAUUAUUAUUGGCUAUCAGUAUAAGCUCCGCCUAUACUCCACGACACAUUGGAAACCGUCCCCGUUACCAACGCGCCACUAAUUAUGACUCCCCCUACAAACAAGCCGGCCUGGAUGAACUGUCAUUUGCAAAAGGAGUCUCUCAAAAUGAGGACUUCAAUUCCAUCAUCCAAAAACUCUCUGCAACCGCUCGUGUUGUUUCUGCUCUCUCUCUCCAGAAGGGUCUCUCGGAUGGCUCGAUUCCAGUCGAUGACGUCAUCGCGGAGCUUCUCAACAUCGAAUCCGCUGAUUUAAAAGGAUUGGAGGCAUUUGACAAGAAGAAAGUCGAUGAUUUUGUAAAUAAUAUUUAUGGAGUGAAGUUGGACGAGAAUUCAAAAAUAUUGGAUGAAGGCUUCCGAGAUGUGUUCAUGAUUCGAAAGAUUUGGACGGAAAUCGGUGGAGCGAAGGGUUUGGAUGGGUUGCCAGAUGAUGCCACGUACAAAGAGUUGGAAUCUCUGAAAAAGUUGGAUCCAACACCAUUGGUCUCACUUCCUUUGGAUCGUCUCAUCACACAGAUUUCCUCAUUCUCUACACUUAAUGAUGCAGCGAUUGAAACUCUGAAAUCAGAAUUAUCGAGUAUUCUGAAUUCUAUCGAUAAAUUGGCGGAAUCCUCCGAUUUGAAAAAGUAUAUUGCUAUUUUGGAUCGACUGAAACCAAUUGGCUCCUUUGCACAAAUGGCUGAUCUUUACAGAAACUUAAACUCAUUCAUGGUCGUCUAUAAAAAAGUGGAAAUUGAUUCUGCUUUACUCAACUUUAAAAACCUGAAAGUGAUAUUUUCAUCUUUUGAAUCCGAUUCUUCUACUAAAACGAUGAGUUCUAUAAUCACUUCUCGAUUGUUUCAUCACUCUUUGACUCGACUCCAUUCGGCAGGCUUUGUGAAUAAAUUCAUGGAUUUGAGAUAUUUGAAAGAUGACGUCAAGGAUCAAUGGUUGUUGAAUCAAAUCGACCCAUCUAUUGAUAUCAAGGGUUUAGGACAUCUCGAUCAGUUGGAGGGUCCUAUAAAGGAAUUGGAUGAGAAAUGGAUGAAGAUAUCUACACAGAACGCCUACAACACUGUCAGGCGUCUCGCUGGUGCUCACGCUCUCCUGAAUUCCGAAACUUCAGCUGAAUUAACCAGAUCACACCUGGAAACAGAGAUGGAAAUGAUUGAAAAACGCAGGACAUAUCGCCGGGUAGCAGAAGUUUCUAUGAAGCAGAAUCUGAUUUUGGAGAGAGCUGGAACCCUCAACAAAAAACUGGCAACACUUAGCUUGAUUGGCUCAAUGGCUAUUCAAAUCAAGGAGCCGAUAAGCUGUUUGUCGAAGAAUUCUUCAUUUGACGAUGUUCGAAGAAUUUUGCAAUUCAUGCAAGGACUCAAGUUUCAGCUGAGUAUUGUGACAUCUGCCCCUGCUUUCAAAGAUGUCGAUUUGGAAACCUCGCAACCCGUGUACAUUAUCGAUAUCAAAACCAACCCUUCCACAAAGCCUUGCAUCGGUGAAUUCAAACAAAUGCAGGAGUUGGGCUCUGACUUUGAUGAAGUCGCCCAGGCAGCAAUGGCUGUGAUCGAGGUUCGUGAGUUGAUAAAGGCCGGGGAUGUGACAAAGACGAUGAAGGAAGUAACACUGGCUCUGUCCGAUUCAUCUGCCUCGUUAGCUUCUAUUCGGAAGAUACUGGAUACGUGGAAAGCUGAUGGCACUGGGGGAGACAAGAACCUGGCUAGAAACCUGAAAGAUUUGCCGCAGUUAUCGAAGUCGUUUGGUGAAGGUGUCAAUGCCUUGGUUAUGGCAAAAAGAACAAUGGAUAAAGAAACAGAAUUCAGAACCUUCGUUGAAUCUGGACAGUCAGUGAGAACUGUUCUCACUAGAAACACUGCACUCAUUCCGGAAAUCAAAUUAAAGUUUGCUAAGCGGUGGGGAGAUUUUGAUGGGACGGUCAGUGAAAUUAUUUCUAUAAUCACUUUGGUCAAUGGCUGGAUUGGUCAAACGAAUGUGGCUCAAAAUUCGAUUCUUUCGGACUAUUCUCCAAUAUUUUCUAAAAUUCCAAAGUUUAAUGAUGUGGACCUGGACAUAGAUAACUUUAUGGCUGCUGUCGGUAUCUUUGAUAAAAUAUCCGUAAACCCUAAGUGGAAUGAGGAUGCCCUUCUAUUCAAGAAAUCUCUAUUGGAACUUUCUAAACUGGAUCUGAAGUUCUCUCGAUUCCAGUCGUCACUGAAUCAAAUGCCAACUACAUUGUUGAAGUUGUCAGAAAAGUUGAGAAAUCCGAAUACAACAGACGAAACAAAUACUGAAGAAUUAAUGGUAGACAAGGAUCAUGAAAAGAGAAGAAAAUUAGAGAAUUUGUUGAAGGAGGAUAGAAUGGAAAAUGGACCUAAUUAUGGAUCAAAUGACUUUGAAAUGGGAAAGCUGGCAAUGUGUUUUAUUAUUCAACUGUUGUUCUGA